UUUUUUUUGUUUGGCUGAACGCUAUAUAUCUUGGCAGCGCUCUGGCCAUCUGCCCCCCCCCGCUGGCAAUCAACCAUCGGCCUCAAUCGUCGCCCUCUGUUAUCUGAUUGGCAUCCUCUCGCUGUUCAACCUGGUUUCUUCGGCACCGGCCCAAGCUGUCAUCAAGGUCCACAGCGAAAUCUCUGCCGCAAACUUGUUUUGCAGCCGCCCAACAACACCCCACUCAACUGCCAUGUUUCAAGAAUCGAGCGAUAGCGCUGCCGUCAAGAUGGAGCCCAGCAACAUUGCACUUUACAGCGAUAUCCCUACGCCUACGCCUACGCCUGCGCCUCUCUUUCCGCCCAUCGACACCACCCAACAAUCACAUCUCUCGAUCCAAGUCAAGUCGCUGAUGAAGUCUGUUCUGGUUCUGGGAUCGGACCACAUCGCCACGCAAGCAGCAAACCUGCUGCUCCAGGCCGGCAUGAUUGUCACCGUCGUCUCUGGUGCUGAAAAGCUGCCGACGCUCGAGCUGCAGACCCGCUGGCGCCAAGGCGAGCUCGGUCUGCUGGAGCGGGAUUGGUCUCCGUUGGAUUGGAGCGGCAAGGCCAUGGUUGUCGUUGCCGACCUGGAGCUCGGCUCGGCCCCGAUUGCUGCCCAAGCGCUUCUGUUUCGAGUUCCAAUCUACUUUGUCGGCCGGUCCGAGCUCAGCGACUUUGUGAUCGAAUCGCUUGAAGCCCUCCAUCGCUGCCAGCAUCGAUGCGCCGGUGCAUCGUCGCCUUGCUCCGUUGCCUCUGUCCCCGGCUCCCUGCCCGAAAGGACCCCGUCCGAGCCGCCCUUGGCCUCGAUACCCUCCACGGACCCACACCCCCCCGCAGCUUUCCCACUCCAACAGCAGUCCGGCCCGCAUGUUCGAGUUUCGGACCAUGUGCAGCCAGUCCGGGGCACGCUUGUGCUCGUCGGCGCCGGCCCUGGCGGAGUGGAGCAUCUGACCCAAGCUGCCGUCGAUGCCCUCAAGACUGCCGAUCUGGUGAUCUCGGACCGGCUCGUCUCAAAGGAAACCCUGCGUCUCAUCACCUGCGAGCUGAUCUUUGCCCGCAAGGUUCAUGGCCGUGCUCGUGAGGCGCAGGACGAGAUCUAUCUCUGGGGCCUCAAGGCUCUGCAGGAGGGCAAGCGGGUCGUGCGCCUCAAGGGAGGCGAUCCGUUCUUGUUUGGACGAGGCGGCGAAGAAGUUCUGUUCUUCCGCGAGCAUGGCUUCGAGACCCAAGUUGUGCCCGGCCUGACCUCGGCCCUUUGCGCCCCUCUCGCUGCCAUGAUCCCGGUUACCCACCGCGGGACAGCGGACCAGCUUCUGGUGGCGACGGGCCGGCGCGAGGACGGAAGCGCACCCGACUACCCGCCCUUUACGGAGGGCCGGACCUGUGUCUUCCUGAUGGCCAUGGCAUGUAUCACCCGCCUCGUCAAGGAACUCGAUGCCAAGGGAUAUCCCCGCAAUUUGCCUGCCGCCAUCAUCGAGCGGGCUACCUAUGAAGAUCAGCGAGUGUUUGUGGGGACACUGGAGUCGAUGCCUCAAGUUGUCGCCGACCACGCCAUCAAGACUCAUGCCACCCUGGUUGUGGGACGGGUGGUGUACUCCCUGAGAGGCUCUGAAAACAGCGCCGCUGUCGUGCACGAAUGAUUUGCUAUGUUCCGAUGCUCAAGCGUCAUGCACUGCUCUUGGCCACGAGCGCCAAACAACCAAUUUUGGAGACCGGGUCCUGCUGCUUGUACAAUAGAGACUGUCCACUGGUCAACUGAGACUGAGAC